GUCGCGACGUCGCGAGCGGCGCAGCGAUGGGUGGACGCCGAUGUUUUUGCUCGCGAUCCUCGCCCGUGGGCGUCGGGGCGCCCGCGCCCGCGCGGCGGCGGCGGCGGUGCGCGCGGGCAUUCGGUGCGCGGGUGCUGUUCGUGUUGAUGCUCAGUGGGUGCGGGCGCGCGUCGGGUGCGUCUGCGGCGCGCGGGCGGGCGGCGGCGGCGACGGCGGAGACGACGACGACGACGACGCCCAGGGUGCGGGCGAGCCGUGUCGACGUCUCGCACCAGCGCUCCGAUCUCGGUGAUUUCAUAAGUGACUUGAGGGACAACAUCAAUCGCGUGGAAAAUUUGUUCAACGCGGGUAAGAACGCGUUCAAUCAAGUUGGCGCGGCGUUCGACGACUUGAGCAGGGACAUACAAUCCUUCCCAGGGAAAGUUAAUGGUGUGAAGAAUGAAGUUGGCAAGCUCGUCGGAACCAUCGGUGAUAAGGUUGAAGGUUUCUUGGAAGAAGUGUACGGAAAGCUCUUUCCGACAGACGCUGGUUCCAUGGUGAACGAUAUCGCUGGUAAGUUUUCGCCAACGGCGUCUCUGGGAGAAGGUCGCGACGGACCGUAUUUUGAAGAUACAUCCGCGAUCGGUGGUCUCGUUCGAAGACUCAAUCAAGACGUUCUCAGAGAUGAUCUUCGCCGCGUUCUGUAUAACGAUUACGCCUCACAACUUGGCGCCGCACAUAAACGCGCAGCCGAGCUCGGCUGCUCAACCUUGCCCGCAAAUACAACCGACGGGGAGGCGGCAAAACUUGGAUGUACUUCCAUCAAGAGUCUGAGCCAAGUAUGCUACGACGCCCCGAUGCGCGAUUUGUUUCCUGAAUCGGCAUUUUCACAAGAAUACGAGAUGCCUUGGCCUAAGAAAUUGGGAAGCUCUCCGUUUUCACCCGCGAAAUUUGACGUUGGAUUUCCAGUCGCCUCGUGGGAAACGUGCGCUGGCAUAAACAAGUUCAACAUUCCAACCAAAGUCGCCACAGAUCUCAUUAACGCGUUUCGACUCUUCUUUGGCGCCUUGUUUGAUGGCAUACAGGAAGGCGCGACGGAGGCGGCGACCGAGGCGAAGAACGCAAUCAUGGUUCCAGUCAACGCCAUCGACGCGCAAAUUGCAGUAAUCAACAACCACUUGAAAACAGCGCAGGACCACAUGAACAGUAUUUCACGCGUGUUCGGUGGAAGGCGUUUGCUUUCCGAAGAAGAUAUCGCUGAACAUCACCACGAACUUCGUCGACACACGGAGGCUUUGGCUGCUUCCAUCGCACAUGCCGAUUUUGUGUACAAAUCACAAAUGCAACGCAUCGAAGAUCAAGUCUUGCUGGGUCUCGAACAAAUCAGAGAAGUACUCAUUCUCGAUCCUUUGCUCCAGGAUCCGAAGAAAAUGGCCAAUUUCCCGGAUUACGGUGCCCUCUUGGAAAGGCGCGCAAGAAAAAUGGGUGUUGAGCACGAUACCGCUGAGCUUGGCGAUGCGGUUGAGAAACUGCGAUCUGCGCGACGAGCGCUCACGAGCGCAAUGGCAGAACUUAAAAACACCGAUCUCGAUAUCGGCGUCUCAUCGGAUCUCGAGCUCACGCUCGAGGCGACGCUCAAGGGCGAUGCUUUCGUACAAGGUGAUUUCUUCGAGUCCAUCAUGGAGAAGACCAAGAAGCCAAUCGAGAAUCCUACCGUGAUAAGGAAACAAGUUAUGGGCGCUUAUGGCUUCUAUGUCAACUUGGCUUUUGGCGUUGGCUUCAAGUUGCCGUACUUCGCAAAGGCUGACGCAGAGGCCAAGCUCCGAUAUGGACUUUCGAUUCCUGAUAUGAAGAUUGGAAUCAAGAGCGAAAAAGGACAGUUCUCCGUCUACUUUAACCCUCCGCAGCCGCACCUCGACGAAGACGGGCUCGAAGCGUCUGUAUCGGCGCACCUUCAAGUCGGCGCCGAGCUCGAGAUACCAAUGGUGCAAAUCGAGUUGUGCUGGGCUGGAGCGAUUUGCUCUGGUCCCGAAGUGUACUUCUCUCAAGGUGCUCAAGUCGGUCUGGACAUGUUCGCAGCUGCCAUGAACACCCCACCACCGUGUUUCGAUGGUGAAACCACGCUUGCGACGUAUUUCACCGAUUUUGACUAUCCAAGUAAGCCCGCUACGUGUUCGCUUACGGGUUCCGGUAUGGCGGCGGGCGUUGGCGCGUACUAUCAAGUACCAAAGCCUGAUGCGCUCGUCAAACUCGUCACGACGAUCAGUUCGCCGUGUGAAGUUGACGUCCCGGAUGUCGUUCUUUACAAAUCCAGCAAGGAGGACGGCUUUUUCGCUCAAGGGGAAAUUUUCCCACCUCAAUGCGGCGCUGACAUCGAGGCUGGCUCGGAACCCCCGCCAGAUAAGUGUGGGUAGAGUCAAACGAGAAACCUCUUUUUCAUCCAACUCACCGGCCUCGCGUAGCAGCUUGCCCCGAGUAAAAUACAUACACAGAAGACAUACAUACGUGUUCCCAAACCAGACGCUCGGCCUCCGCCGUCAGUUGUUUCCGUCGCCGCGAUGUCCGGUUGUUGCGUAGUCGCACUCGAGGUGGACGCUCGCGAGUGUCUCUUCGGCGGGUCCCGCCCGCGUUGUCUUUCGCCUCCUUUCCAGGCGAAAGACUGUUUUCGAAAAAGUUGAAAGUUGAAAUUGACUGUUUGCGAAAAAGUUGAAAGUUGAAAUUGACAAAAAAGACUGUUUUCCGAGCGUCAGCUCCUAUACCGUCGCACCGUACGACGGUAGCACGGACGUACUUUUGAUUGACGCCCGCUCGUCGCGCACCGCAUCUUGAGGCGUCGAAACCGCCGAGAGUCGCCGCGCGAUGGCGAAGAGAGCGCAUGCAGAGAGCGCGCCCGCGACGCCGACGGUAUCGGCGCGCGCGAGUGACCAUCCGAGCGUCGCGCCACGCGUUUUGUAAACGCGUGCGGGCCAAGGUGUCGGUGUUACGGCACUUAGUGUUACGGACGACAUGUAUCAUAUCGAUAUCAGCUGUUCAGGCGAGGUU